GUGAUUUAGUUGGGGUGGAGUUGGCGGUAAUAUAAGUCUUGUUGGCGAGCGUGGCGCUCUACUGCCGCAGAGGCAGCGGGGCGCCAUGUUUACGGGGACUCUGCCCCUCGUAGUAUUUUUGGCAACCUUUGCUUAUGGUGGGAAAGAAAAACCGGUUUUCAGUGACGAAAUCAAAGAAAUAAUACAAACUGUUCACGACGAGUGUGUUGCUAAAACAGGGGUCGCGGAGGAGGAUAUAACGAAUUGCGAAAACGGCAUAUUUAAGGAGGACCCGAAAUUGAAGUGCUAUAUGUUUUGCCUGAUGGAGGAAGCGAGCCUCGUAGAUGAUGAUGAUGCUGUGGACUACGACAUGUUGGUCAGUCUGAUACCCGAAGAAUACGUUGACCGAACAACCAAAAUGAUAUUUUCUUGUAAACAUCUCGAUACUCCAGACAAAGACAAAUGUCAGAGAGCAUUUGAAGUACAUAAAUGCUCUUAUGAAAAGGAUCCUGAUUUAUACUUCUUAUUCUGAGAGCAGAGCGAGCAACUGGCGAGAGCGGAGAUGAUUGUGUUUCUACUAAUAAAAUAAACUUUAUUGUCAUGUC